AUGCCUACUAGGGUUUUCAACCACAACUUAUUACCCUCGUUUGACGAGUUUGUCGGACUCAUGAUGAUUCGGACCUCCGAUCCUACCAUACAAGUUACUCCGCCUUCACCAACAAAAAUUGACGACGACAAUAAAAAGCAUGGGAAGGAAAUCAAUUGUACUGAUGAAUCAACGUAUACUAUCGAGGGUCAUGAGGAAACGAAACGACAAUUUUCUAUCAUGAUAGAAAAGGGUUUUGCAAAAUUUUGUUGGUUGAUUGCUUACACCCCAAAGAGAUGUCGAUAUGAUCCGGAAUCUCCACCAAAAUUCAAUAUGGCUUUGAAUUUAUUGUUCGCAUUUGUGAGUUGCAUCUUUCUCGUGGUGAUAGCUGGGAACUUUUGA